UCUCCGGGAAGACUCCACUCCACAGUCACACUCACACUCCACGGUCCACAGACACACGCACGCACGUACUACACCUACACUACACACACGGUCGCCUCGCCUCGGUCUCGCCGGUGGAGGGGGAGAGGAAGCGGACGCCGCGGCUGAAGUGAAUGGCGCAGAUGGGGCUCGGGUGACCGCUCUCGAUUGGAGGGACAAGGCGCCGGUUCUUGGGGUCCCGGUGUCUGCCGCCGUCGACGGGAAAGGGGAGCGGCGCGCCGGCCGGCGGUGUAGUGUGCCCAGGUGAUCGCCCGACAAGGGAAUGGCGAGGCGCCGAAGGAGGGGGAGCGGGGUGAAAUGGCUGAAACACUACUCCUCUGCGCAAAGCAUUCUCGUCGUCGGCGACGGAGAUUUCUCCUUCUCGCUGGCGCUCGCCACCGCGUUCGGCUCCGGGGCAAACAUCGUCGCCACAUCGCUGGACUCGUAUGGGGCUCUUAUUGGCAAGUAUAGCCAAGCAGAGGCAAAUGUGAUGGACCUAAAUAUUAUGGGGACCAAAGUUCUGCAUAACAUCAAUGCAAAAAAUAUGACUGGUCACCAUGAUCUGAGGAUUAGAAAGUUUGAUCGGAUUAUCUUUAAUUUUCCUCAUGCUGGGUUCAAAGGAAGGGAGGAGGAGAUGCGUGUGAUCAAAUUGCAUAGGAAGCUUGUCAAGGGGUUCUUUGUCAAUGCGCGACACCUGCUUAAGCCCUAUGGUGAAAUCCACAUUAGCCACAAGAUGGGUUAUCCUUACGAUGCGUGGGAUAUCGAGCAACUAGCCUCAGAGUCUUCUCUUGCUACGAUUGAGAUAGUUAGUUUUCAUAAACACCACUACCCUGGCUAUAACCAGAAGAAAGGAGAUGGCCCAAGGUGCAACCAACCUUUCCCUCUAGGUGCCUGCUGCACUUUUAAGUUCUGUCUGCGGUGCUAUUAAGGCCUCCCUGUAACGCAGAGAAGCGGAAGCUGAAUGUGUAUGGCGUUGCUCCAUUUGCCAGCAUAAAUAUGUCUCACCGUGGUAUACUGGUAUGACUGAGCAAUUCUGAAGCCGUGUUCCGACUUACUAGGUUAGUGUGGAACUUCGGGUAUUUUGGUAAGUUAGUAGUGGUAUUUUGGCGAUCAGUAGUUGGGUUUUGGUGAACUUGAUUUGCCAUGACUAUUCUUGUUGCCGAGAACACCUUUGGGACUUCCGUGGACAUGCACUGCAUGCUGAUGAGUGGUGAGGCAUCAUCACAUUAUUGUGUAAAUGACUGAAAUGUGUUGUAAAUAGUAUCGAACAGAUUUUGCUCAAGCACUUCUCUUGCAGUGGUU